AUCAUCAUAUAUACCACCAAACAUGUCUGUUAUUUCUGCUCUCUUUUUCUCUCUCUUUCUUUGAAGCUCCAGUUUGGUAUUCUGAGGGUGUCAGCUGAGAGGGGAAAAUGGGCAGAAAAUGCUCACAUUGUGGAAACAUAGGUCAUAAUUCCAGAACCUGCUCUUCUUUCAGAGCAACUUUUGUAGGAGUUCGUCUCUUUGGGGUUCAACUACACAUAUCAAACUCUUCUUCUCUUACCAUGAAGAAAAGUUUCAGCAUGGAUUCCUUGCCCUUAUUAUCCUCUUCAUCUUCCUCCUUUUCUUCAUCAAGAAUAUCUAUUGACGACCAUCCUGAAAAAGCUUCUGUUAGCUAUCUAUCAGAUUCCGAUGGCCUCAUUGUUCGACCACAAGACAGGAAGAAAGGAGUGCCAUGGACAGAAGAAGAGCACAGAACAUUCCUUGUUGGACUGGAGAAGCUGGGAAAAGGUGAUUGGAGAGGUAUCUCUAGAAACUAUGUGACUACAAGAACCCCAACACAAGUUGCAAGCCAUGCUCAAAAGUACUUUAUUCGGCUUGCAACCUUGAACAAGAAAAAGAGACGUUCAAGUCUUUUUGACUUGGUUGGUGGCAGCUCUAACUGUAAGUCAGGUGAUUUGGUUUCUCCUACUAAAUCCAAAGGUGAAAUUGAGAACGAUGUCACCUUGUCACUUCUUCAAGCACAAGAAACCAAGACGGGUGAGCAGAAAGACAGUGAUGAUUGUUGUCAAGAUGAAGCAGGUGCAGAUCAUGAAGCUGUUAUGUGGCUUCAUCCUCAGAUGAAAUCUUCAUCGAAUAAUAGUAGUGCAGCAAUUCCUGAUCUGGAACUCACUCUUUCAGUCUCCAAGGGCAAGGCUAAGACCAUGGAGCAAACUAAAUCAACCCCUGGUUCCUUCUUUCUUGGACCAAUUAGCGUGACUUAACUCAACUAUUCAUGAAUUAAUGUUGUCCAGUAUCUAUCAACUUAAACAAAAGAUCAUAAAUCUCUCCAAAGAAAACACAUUUUUAUGUUGUUGUUUUUGAUAUUAUUGGUAAUCAUUAAUCAGGCACUAAUCUACUGUGCAAUCACAUGUCUCGAUGAUAUAUAGAGCAGAUGAUUAUUUUAUAUAUGUAUAAUCAAAUAUUUCUUUGUAUAAUAGCAAAUUAGUUCAGUCUGUUCAA